AUGUUUCUGACAUACAGCCGUGAUCCUACACGUACACUUCCUUCGAAACAUCUCGGACCCUCAAAGAUCAUUCGUCAAUGGAUCGGUCUCUCAGCUGUGGGGGAGACGGUCGAGGUCGAGCCAUAUACCCCUGGCAACGGCGAAUAUGCCGCUUCGGUCGAGAUGGAAGUAGGAUUCCGUAUCAAACGGAAAGAGACUUCAGAUCUGUUCGACACUGAGGAUAUGGCUCAAGCAUUCGUUUCUGCCUUUCCAGAUCUUCCCGUUACUCCACUGCAACCGCUUGUAUUUGACUACCGUGGACAUGAUCUGAAAGUCACAGUGAGGACGGUCUCAACUCUGGACGGCUCAGAUGGCCACCCUGGUAUCAUCAUGGAAGGCACAGAAGUAUUGUGGGUCAAGGAUCCUACUAGUGGAAUGAAGUUGAAAAAUACUUCUAAGAGAGGGCCGACCAAUGCUAUCCUUGCACCCAAUUUCAAGUUUGAAGAUAUGGGUAUCGGUGGUCUCGACACCGAAUUUGCAGCCAUCUUCCGUAGGGCCUUUGCCAGUCGAAUCUUUCCACCAGGUCUGGUUGAGAAACUUGGUAUACAACACGUCAAGGGUAUUCUACUUUUCGGUCCGCCAGGAACGGGAAAGACACUCAUGGCUCGUCAGAUCGGUAAGAUGUUGAACGCGAGAGAACCGAAAGUUGUGAAUGGUCCAGAGAUCUUGAAUAAAUUUGUGGGACAGAGUGAGGAAAAUAUUCGAAAGCUCUUUGCGGAUGCGGAGAAAGAGCAAAAAGAGAAGGGAGAUGAGAGUGGACUUCAUAUUAUCAUUUUUGACGAACUGGACGCUAUAUGUAAACAACGUGGAUCCACAAACAGCGGGACUGGAGUGGGCGACUCGAUUGUGAAUCAGCUGCUGUCAAAGAUGGACGGUGUGGACCAACUGAACAAUGUAUUGAUCAUUGGGAUGACCAAUCGAAUGGAUAUGAUCGAUGAGGCUCUCCUACGUCCCGGUCGUCUCGAAGUGCACAUUGAAAUCUCCCUACCCGACGAGGCGGGUCGUUAUCAAAUCCUCAACAUUCAUACGGUCAAAAUGCGCACAAACGGUGUGAUGGACGGCGACGUUGAUCUUGCCAAGCUUGCCUCUUUGACAAAGAACUUUUCAGGCGCUGAAAUUGGUGGUUUGGUCAAGAGCGCAACAAGUUUCGCCUUCAAUAGACAUGUCAAAGUUGGUACCGUGGCAGCUUUCGAGGAUGUGGAGAAUAUCAAGAUCACCAUGGCUGAUUUCGAACAUGCUUUGAGCGAAGUCACGCCUGCGUUCGGUGUGGCGGAGGAAGAGCUACAACAAGUAGUGGAGAAUGGUAUCAUACAUUAUUCCGAGCGAGUCAACGAAAUCCUCAAAGAUGGCAGUUUGUUAGUGGAACAAGUCCGAAAUUCUGACCGCACUCCAUUGGUCUGUGCCCUGAUCCAUGGACCACCAGGAGCGGGGAAAACGGCAUUGGCAGCGACCAUCGCUAUGCAGUCCGAUUUCCCAUUCAUCAAACUCAUCUCGCCCGAAACCAUGGUGGGAUUCUCGGAAGGGCAAAAGAUCGCACAGCUCAGCAAGGUGUUUACAGAUAGUUACAAGAGUCCUUUAAGUGUCAUAGUGGUGGAUAGUAUCGAAAGGUUGCUCGAUUGGAAUCCUAUAGGACCGAGAUUCUCCAACGGUGUUUUACAAGCUUUGGUAGUGUUGUUCGGGAAGAGACCGCCAAAGGGCCGCAGACUUCUUAUCCUAGCCACCACAUCCCAUCGAUCCAUCUUAACAGACAUGGACGUGCUUUCCGCUUUUGACACUGACAUGUCCAUUUCACCCAUUACGACAUUAGAAGAAGUCGGUCAUUGUCUUCGUGAAGUCGGUUUAUUCCACAAUCAAAACGAGUUGGAUAGAUGUAUGCAAAUGCUAUCCGAAUCGAGGUUUGGUGAAGAUGGUCGACCGGAAUUGUUAGUGGGAGUCAAGAAGUUACUCAGUAUGGCCGAAAUGGCUAGACAAGAUCCUGAUCCGGCUUACAAGUUGGUAUCUAGUUUGAUCAGGGAGGUGUCGUAGGCGGUCUCAACAUAUCUCAUCCUCUUGUGUGUUUUUCAUUCUUCCAAUUUGUGUAUUUGACAAGACCAAUCUUUUGUGUGAAUACUGUAUCGUCUCGAAGACAUGACGGAAUUGAAGGAAGAGAAGAACAAGUACAGCAAGUUGAAUGAACGAAAGUGAAGAUGGAAGUGUUAAUCAGUUUGUACGUACAGAAUAUGAGAACUUGAUAUCGGUUUGAGAAGACUAAGAAGUUGGAGAUAUAUGGAAGAACAGGCAUCAGGAUAAGUUAAGAAGACAUGAUACAAAUAAAUUGGAACAAUGCAACAAAUAUCACG